AUGGCUCCGCCGAGCUCCGCCGCCCGUUUAAUGAAAGAAAUUAGGUAUAAUAGCGCUGAGGUUUUUCAUGCUACUUCUGAUGCUUGUCUUGAUGUUUUGUCAUCUCAGUUGGAAUUGAAAACCUUCGUCCAUCUUGAAUCUGCUGUUGUGUAUGAGGGAUCAGAAAGAUGCCUUUGGAAUAUUUGCAGAAAUCGAGGUAGUGUUGAAUUGCGAAGAAGGAUCCACAGGAACCGUUCUCCAUUGUGUAACUCACCAGAUAGACGAGAUGGUAAGGCAAGACAAACGUCUCAUGGUGCGAGACACAUCUUACCGUUGUCUUCAGUUGAGUUUGUUUUUUUAUUUUUGUUAUUCUGUUUUGCAGGAGACAGCUCUCCUGAGAAAAGGAUUGACAGAAAUGUGCGGAAGAGAACACGCUGGGAUGUCCGUGGUGAUGGGUCUAUAGAUCAAAUCGAAGAUAAAGCCAAAAUGCAAAUUGAUGAUCAGCUGAGAGAAACAUACGCUGAAAUUAGGCGACUGGAGGAUGACAAACAACGGCUGCAGAUGUACCUAGAGGACAAGGAUAAGGAAGCGAGUUCGUUAACUUUUGAAAUUCAUGAACUUGAGAUGCAACUUUCUGAAGAGAAAAAAGAGGGGAAUAGGUUUAAGACAAAAGUAAAGAAGUUCAUCGAAGCACAUAACUGUCACUUGCGAUUACAGGACGAACUAAAGAGAUCAGAGGCUCAGCUUCAGAAUUUGGUUGAGCACCUUGAUUCAGAUGUCGGGGAAGGCAGUGAAGAUGAUCCAAAUAUCAAAGCCUUGAGGGAUGAUGAGGGCCGACUGAAUUCUUCCUCACGUGUGGAAGUUCGGGAGACUUCACCUCAAGUACAAAGGCAACGAUGAGAAUGUGGACGUCUAUGGAGUAGACAAGGAGACUGUUGAAGUCGAUAUCGUUUGAUGUAUCUCCAUUCUAUGCAUUAUACCAAAUUUGGUAAGAUCUUGUACAGUGUUUAGGUUUGGUUGUUUUUUUCAUUUUACCCUUUUAUUAUUUCAUGAUCUUUGGAAAUAUAAUGUCUAGCUGCAGUGAUUUUCCGAUUCAACUCUUUUCCUUUUCUUCGCCGCCGACUGUGAUUUGAAUGGUAGAGAGUUUGAUCUUUCAGAGUGAUUUGAACAA